UUCUCCAUGGAGCCUGCGGAUCAUGUCUCUGAUCCUGUUUGCCUUCGUGGUGCGGGUGAGGGAUGGACUCCCCCUGUCAGCCUCCACCGACUUUGAACACAACCGAGAGCUGCAGGAGAGGAAGCAUCAACUCAGGACCAUCAGCAAGUCUUUGGCUCAUUUUCCUGACUGGGGCACUGUUAAAGGCCAGCAGCUCCACAUACACUUCACCUCUUCAGAGGGUGUUUCCUACUUGAGUGUAUGCCACAGAAGCCUCCCUGUUGCUAAAGCCUUCUGCUUCCUGGAAGAUCUGCGCUGGGAGUUCACAGCACGCUUCGACAGCACCGUUGUUGCCCUGGCAGCCAGGCCGUAUCCAUUUUUGGAAUUUGACAGCACUAUUCAAAAGCUAAAGCAGCAGUACAACCAGAGCGGCGGUCCAGCUCUGGAGGUGACGCUGGCAGAAGUACAGGAGGAUCUGAAAAUCCGUCCACCUCAAGUAAUCAACUUGGAUGAAGUGGAACUCACAAACGGCAUUACAAAUGGUCACGCAGAGCAAAGUCCUGCUGCUGCAGGUAAAAACCAGAGGCUUGAACCAGUGACACCACCAGGCAUCCUGUCCCUUGUCCUAAAUAUCAUGUGUGCAUCUUUGAAUGUGAUCCGUGGGGUGCACCUCAUAGAAAACACCUUCCAGGAUGAUUAUGAGGGCAUUUGGAACGUCGGGGCCUUCUUCCUGGCAUUCAUCUGCUGUGUUUUCCAGUGUCACCUCUACUUGUUCCACUCAUCUCAGAAGAAACUCAAAUCCUUCAGUCUGUUAAUCAUCAUCGUGCUAUGCAACCUGUACCUGCUCGGCCUGAGGAACGCGUGGCAGCUCGUCUUCCACGUUGUCGUCGCCUCCCUCUCCACUUUCCUCAUCCUCACUCGUAAACUCCAGCAUAGAACCGACGAUUGUGGAGUCUGAGGAGCGUGGGGGCGUGAGAGGCUUCAUGAAGAUGAUUAUUUUCAUGCAUUCAGUAAAUAUAACAAGAAAAAAGAAUUUUUUUUUGAGUUUUUCACACCAAAGUUUCUACAUAAAGGCAGAAUGUCUUCAUACAUGAGGUGACAUGAUCGUAAUAUUAUCUGUAUACAACACCUUAUUUAAGAUUAUUUAAAACUGGAAGGACAACGUCGAGUUUACUGAGUCCCGCAUUAACUUUUAGCUGAAGUUCUCUUUAUUUAAUUAAGUAAAAUUAGAGUUUUGUGUGAGGUUUGAGAAUCAUGAGUAUGAUCAACGUCACAUAAUCUCCGUUAAACAUGUUGUUUUCUAUCAAGCUAAUGCAGAAAUCUGCAUUUAUUUAAUGGUUGUGAAGACAAACCGUGAUCUGAAGGAUUUUAAUGGUAACUGUGUAAUAUUUAGUUUGAAAAGAUAUGCUCUCGUGUUUGUAAAUUUGUUUUAACAAAAGCUGUUUAAAUAUAUAAUUUUAUACUUCUGUCUGGAUUUCUCACAAAAUUCCAGUUUUUAAACCGUCCUUAAUAAUAUUUAAAACUUAGAAAUUUACAUUUCUUUUUAAGGAAAUUGGAUUAUUCCUGUUUUUUGGCGUUACUCUCAUGGACUGUCUCAUAUAGGAGGAUAAUAAUUUAACUGUGUUGCUACAGAUUUUUCUUCCUCUUAAUCAAGUUUUUUGCUCAGUUUUAGUCCAAAAUAAAAAUCACGGCUGCUUUUUUGUUCUUUCUGGCAGGAUUUCUGUAGAUUUUUACCACUGCUGACUCAGAAAUGUUGAAAUACUGUAAACACGGUGUUUAACUGGUUACAUAUCGGGGCGUGUGGGUUAUUAAGGGUGUAUUUUUGAUACAAAGGAGGAGUUUUAUUAGAUUUCUGACCAAAUCAUUUGUAAAAAUAAAGAAAUGUAGAGUUCUGAUAAUGUGAAACAUAUGAAGACUGGUUCUGAUGACCUUGUAACUCAAGUUUUAAAUUGACUCACUGGUUUUUGUGAUUGCAGAAUGUAAAUACCAAAAGCACUGGUUGGUGUUUCCUGAAUAAAUUUUGUCCUUUUUGUUUAGCAUUUA